ACCCAGGCUCCGGGACAAUUCUAACAGAGCUAAUACGCUUUACUGCUCCACACAGCCUUCUCAUCAUGUCCCACGGACCUACCUACAACCCACCUGUUCCAUUCAACACACAUUUUCACAGCGGCCUGAAUGAUGGGACUUUAGUGAUAAUCAGUGGCUCUGUCCUUCCAUCAGGUGACAGGUUUGCUGUAAAUUUCCAAUGUGUAAAUGAAGACAUUGCUUUCCAUUUCAAUCCUCGAUUUGAUGGUGGCCUUAUUGUCUGCAAUACCAAGGAGAAAAGCUGGGGAAAGGAAGAACACAAACGGGAGCUGCCUUUUCACAGAGGACAACCCUUUGAGAUCCGCAUACUGGUUACACAACAGGACUACAAAGUUUCUGUGAACAGAAAUCACGUUUUGGAGUAUGAUCACAGAAUUCCCAUCCAACGAGUCAAUAAUCUGUCAAUACAUGGCUGUGUCAGUUUAUCUUGUGUUGAUAUACAAGCUCCAGGGGGAGGAUUUGCUCCUCAACAAUUUCCAGGUGGAGGAAUGUACAAUCCAGCAUUCCCCCCACAGCCAUUUCCUGGAAGCAAUCCGUUUCCUGCUGCAGAACAACAUUCAACUCAUUUUGCAAUUCCGUAUAAGACGAACAUCCAUGGUGGCCUAUAUCCUAGCAAGGUCAUUGUCAUAAGUGGAGCAGUUACUGGACAUCCCAAGAGAUUUCAUGUCAACCUGAAAUUCAAUGGUGGAACUGCAUUUCACUUCAAUCCAAGAUUUGAUGAACACUCCAUCGUUCGUAACAGCAAACUGAAUGAUAGUUGGGGGAAUGAGGAGCGUCAAAUGCCCAGUUUUGGAAUAGGUUUUGCUGCUGGCCAAGGCUUUGUGAUUGAAAUCGUUUGUGAACAGCAUGCUUUCAGAGUGAAUGUUAAUGGGAAGCAUGUGUGUAAUUUUAAUCAUCGUGUGCCACUUAAUCAAAUAAACACUCUGGAAAUAGAGGGCGAUGUUGCCCUGCAGCAUGUUCAGUUUUAGAUAAUACAUCAUCUAUGGCUAUGCCAAGUCUUUCAUACCCAACUGUUUUUAACAACCUAGUACAGAAAGAACACAUAGUACAACUACAUAAAAAAAUGAUAGAGCAAAGACAGCAGACAAUAUUUAUACUGUCAGUUCUUUUAACACUUUUAAAGCCAGAUGAUUAAGUAUAGCCCGUAUAUAAAUAAUAUUUACAUUUAUUACAAUAUUUGUAAAAUUUCUACACAUAAAUAUGAUUUUAUGUGUAUAUACCACUUUUUCUUGGCUACAUAUUUUCUACUUCACACACAAGACUAACAAAUGUGUGCUUUUCAUGAAAUAAAGCCUAAACUGUAUACAUUUAUUUGAUAACGUUAUGUAUUUCUUUAACCUGUAUACCAGCAUAAAUGUUAUAGAGCGCUUUGUGUUAGUUCGUUUAUCCAUUUGCAAAGCAUACACUGUUUUGUUUUCCUUUUUGUUUUUACAUUAUUUGACUAAGAUGAAGCCUAGGAUGGGCCUAGGAUAGUCAAGGCACAAACUGAAAAACAUUGAUAUACAGACAUCUGUUUUUGUUUUUUUACAGGAUAUAUCUGAAAAAUACAAACUCUUAUGAUUUUUUUUUUCAUCAACAAACUUUUAUUUAGAAAGAACAACGUGGUAUUUUUUUACACAGUUUGUUUCAUAGGAAAGUACAAUAUAAAACUACGUGACUUAUAGUACAUGAAGGGUUUAAGUGCAGUCUUUGAACUUACAGGCAAACAGAAAAACUUCAGCAAUAACCACGAAGGGGUGGAACAUAACAGUAGAUAGUGUAUUAACAUUAUUAAAAUAAUACAGUUGUCAAUAAAAGAGUAAUGUAAUAAAAGUUUUUGAUUAUCAAGAAA